CGCCAUGUCGUUCCUGGCUAGUGGGAGCGGCUCGAUUCGCCUCCGUCGUGUAGGCCCUCCGUCCACCCUGCUCCUUUCUGCCUAUCCCUCUUCCUCCCAGGGGGGGUGCAGUUGGGGGGAAGGAGAGGAUGACUACGAGGAUGAUGGGGGAAACGAGGUGGUCCGGGACCUCCGAGCGGAGUUCUCUGCAGACACGCCGCCGCCGCCUCAGCCCCACAAACACAAUGGGGUCACUCCGGGGUUGCCCGAGCCUUCUGGAGCUUCUCUGGGCAGACAGUGGCCAGUGCAGAUCCUCUCUGUGGUCUGUUCUCUUCUCUUUGCUGCCCUCCUUGCUUUCCUCCUUGCUAUCGUCUACAUGAUCGUGAAAGAAUUGCAUGCUGAAAAUUUGAAGACUGAAGAAGAUGGUGUAGAGACUGGUUUAUUAGGAUUCUGGACUCUGCUUGUUAUAUCCAUAACAGCAGGAUUUUCAUGUUGCAGUUUUUCUUGGACAGUGACUUAUUUUGAUUCUUUUGAACCCGGAAUGUUCCCUCCUACUCCUCUUUCACCAGCCAAGUUCAAGAGAUUGACAGGUCAUUCCUUCCACAUGGGCUACAGCAUGGCAAUUUUGAAUGGCAUUGUGGCUGCUCUCACUGUAGCAUGGUGCCUCAUGUGAACCCACACUGGAUCCGAGACAAAAUCAUUUUCUACGGGAUGUAGAAGAUCUGAUUCAUGUUUUUUUAAUGACACAGAAGAACCUAACUGCCCAUUUCAAAAGACUAGUGAUAUCUGCUAUUCAUUGAAUGCUUCAAAUUCAUCGUCAUCAUUAUUAACAACAAACUGUAGCCUUUUGAGUGCUGUCAUUGUGUGUAGGUCACUGUGCUAGACAAGAAGAAUCUUCAACUUUUAUUAAGUUUCAGGUGCUUUCACAUGAAUUUGAGUUUUACCUCAUUUUUUGAUAUUUGUAUGUUUAUGUUUUUUUAAAACAGUAAUCCUAAAACUUGAAUGGAGGGCCUAAAUUUGAUAGUAUCCUUCAGUAUAAGUAUACUGCCCUUACAUUAAGGAACAUCAGAAUUAUUGAAGUAGUAGAAGUAUGAUUCUCAUUUUUAUAUUGUUAAGUUACUGUUAUUGGAUUAGAUUAGAAAAGGAAACACAUGCUUCCUUUUUUUACAUUUUAUACUUUAAAAAUUAUUG